AUGUCCAUUAAAUCAGCUGGAAUCGAAACCAUUGUUGUAGACUCCGUGUCUCUCCUUCAAUCGGUCAUAGACGCGGCGGUCAUUGGGCUUCGGACCGACGUUCCAUCACUUUUCAUGGACCUGGAAGGGAUACAGCUUGGCCGACAUGGUUCAAUCUCAAUCAUGUCCCUCUAUGUGCCCUCCAGGAAGAGUGUAUAUCUCAUCGAUAUAUGCAGACUGGGAAAAGAAGCAUUUUCGACUGUCAAUAGCGACAAAAAAUCUCUCAAAUUCAUACUCGAAUCUCCGGUCAUUUUGAAAGUGCUAUUUGAUGUUCGGCAUGAUUCAGACGCGUUGUACAGUCUCUAUGGAAUCUCCCUUGACGGUAUCAGGGAUGUCCAACUAAUGGAACUCGGGACGAGAAAGGGCCCGAAAGAUUUCUUGGCCGGCCUAGACAAAUGUGUGGAGAAAGACAGUACGAUUUCUGCAACGGAGAAAAAGGCAUGGGGGCUUACCAAAGGCAAUACUCGACGACUCUUCGAUCCUGCUUUCGGCGGGCGAUACGACAUAUUCAACGAGCGACCCAUUCAACCGGCGAUCGCAAAAUACUGCGUUGGAGAUGUUACUUUGUUGCCAGAUCUUUUCAACAUUUAUGGCGCUAAGCUAAAUCGACCUGGAGAGGAAUUUUGGAAGCUUCAUGUAUUGGAAGAAACCAAAGAGCGGAUCAAGCUUUCACGAAGUCCGGAAUUUGACGGAACAUCGAAGUCCAACGCCCGCGGGCCUUGGAAUCGAAAGUCUAUUGAGGAAGCGAUUAAUCGAUGGAAUGACGAUAUUCUGGAUAAUACAUUGCAUUGCGAGGAUGAUGAUUUCUAUGGGCCUGAAGACUACGAUGAUGACCAUGGCUGGGAGGAUGACGGUCCGACCAGCUGCAGGGACAUUAUCAAUGACUGUGACUACGAUUACUACUAUUCUGACUAG